UCCGUCCCCAGCAAGACACUGGCAGGGAUAUUUGCGGAUACCCCCACCUCCCUUACUCCUCGACCGGCGCCCCAGUCCAAAUAGGCAAACGGUGCUUUAGCCAAGUUUUCAACAGACCCAUUGAAAAUCAAUGGGUCCACAGAAAAUCGCGAAAAACAGCGCAACGGACACAGAAUAAAACAACGGUCAUGUGCAUGAGGCCUAAUAGUGUGUCAACUCGUAAAAAGUAUUAACUAUUUACGCAGUGAAGUGAAUGGAGCGGGCACAGCUGGUGAAGACCCUUAUCCUCCUCUGUCCUCCAUCUCUGGAGCAGUGUGAGAACAGCAUACUACUUACACGCACUGGAAUAAUGAGGUACUACAAGUCCCAGCUUCAUCUAGAAAUAGAUAAUUACACAGUGGAGCAGAACAGCAAGGCUCAACCAUCCUGGGGAGCGGUCUGAGGGACAGGCUGGACAGAUGGUCAGCGUCAGAAUUGCCAACCAGAAUGUUUCUUUUCUUCUGGACAACUUAUCCCAAAAUCACGGACAGCCUACAUUUUUUAAGGACAAAUUGGAAAACAAUGAAUGAAGAAGAUUAUAAGAAAUACAUUUCUAUAGCUCAAUAUACCGAGCAGAACUCUUUACCACCAUUUACUGUGAGCUGUAGGAUCACGAUGGUCACCACCAAAAUAAUCUAGUCAAGUACUACCAGCCUCAAAAAAAUCACGGACACAUCAAUCUUUUUUUCACAGACACAAGAAAAAAAUCACCUAUUUUUGCGGACUGUCCAGAAAUUUCUGGAAGGUUGGCAACCCUUGCCAGCGUCCAGCCUGGCAUCCGGUGGGAUGGGCUCUACAUAUGCAUGGCAGAUGCCUCCUGUGUGAGGGAAGGAGACAAGACCAGCCUGACCGGCCUUACGGGACAUCGAAGUAACUUCUUCAUUAUUAAUGGCCAUUAGUAGAGCUGGUGUCAAAUUAUUACCAGCCCUAACGACGUGCUGUACACCACUCCAGCAGACGCCUGGCACUGUGUGCUCAGAGCUUAGGCUGAUGUGCAGCUGCUCCGCCACCAAAAAACUAUUUCGUGAAGCUCCCGGCGCCGUGUUUUUGUGCUGAUGUCACCUCCGGAGACAGUCUGGAUGUGCAGUGAGCGGCGAUACAACAGAGGAUGGACCGUGUUUAUGUAGGAGCUUGUGUGAUCCUCCACUUCUUAUUCUGAAUGCUUCCACUUCACAAUGAUUGGACUUGGAGGUGACUGGGGCAGAUCUAGCACAUCAGCUCCACCACUGCUGCUGGUCUAUGGAGGAUGUCUGGUUGGCUUUUAUACACUCUGGUGAUGUCAUCAGAGGAUAAUGAGACUCCUCCCCCAGCAGAGCACACUGUCUGAGAGCUUAGUCCAGGAGCUGGAGCUCACUGUGGGGUUGGAAAUGUCCAUACUGCUCUGUGUGUCCCUCAUAAUGCACGUCGGGUACUGUCAGGUACGAGUUAAUAAAGUGGUCUACGCGCUGUUGCAUUCAAACGUGACCCUAAAAUGCCAAGCGGACACGCAGGAAGAAAUCAAACAAACCACCUGGGAAGUGAAAGUGGAUGGAACCAGUAAGACAUUCCUUACAUAUAGAAACGACACGGGAUCCAUUUUUCAGAUGUCCUACGGUGGGAGAGUUAGGUUCAAGGGUGACGGAUACAAAGAUGGAUCCAUUCAGAUACUUUCUGUUACCCUGGCCGAUGAGGGCGUCUUCAAAUGCGUUUUCACCACAUACCCAUCUGGAACCAUUGAAGGAGAAAUCCAGUUACAAAUUUUCGUUCUGCCUACAGUCAGGCAAGAGCUGCAGCAAGACGUCAGAACUCCCUGCAUCAAUAUGGUGACUGAGUGUUUGGUGUCCUCAGCAAAACCGGCUGCAGAGAUCCAGUGGAUCACUCGUGGUGUAAAUUAUACAUCAAAAGAGAACAUAACUAUACAUACCAAUAAAACCAUGAGUAAGAGGAGCCAGCUGUACAUGAUGACAACCCCAGACUUGUACGACCAUGAAGUGCUCUGCUUGGUCUCUCAGCCGAACAUCCCUUUCGAAUACCAGGGAAAUAUAACAGUCAAAGUCACCUUGACCAACAUUCAAUUUCCUCCUCAGAUGGUCCAAAUUGAAGUACUGAAAAAAAAAGACGAGCUGCAGCUUUUAUGUAAAUCGGAUGGCAAUCCAAGGCCAAAGUACAACUGGAAGCGGAGAGACGCGGAGAGAAGUAACAUCAUCCCAUUGGAUACUCACGAGAUGACAUCAUCGACCCUAAACUUUACCGAUGAGUAUACUGAUGGAUUAUAUAUCUGUGAAGCAGCAAAUGACGUGGGACUAAACGAGGGAUAUAUUUACAUGUAUCAGAAAACAAGUUCCUCUCGUCUUCGUACUGGAAUGUUAAUCAGUGUUCUCGGUUUCUUUCUCAUUGCAAAUAUGUGUAUGUGUUACAUGAUCAUACUCAGAUUACUGCAUCUAAAAAAUGAUAAGUUUUUCUCGAAGUCACAAAGUUUUGAAGAACAUUCCGAGGAGAAACCUGAAAGGAAACGAAGCAGAAAAUGGAGGAAAACUUCUGAUGAGGAACUUGAAAACAUUGGAGACACUGGUUUGCAAGAAUCAAAACCAGAAGAAGAUACAUGGAGCAAGAAACUUGAGCAAGGCCCAUCAGAACCUACUGAGAUGUCGGAAUCAGGAGAACAGACCUCACAGUUGCUUUAGCUCUGACUCAUCUACUCGAAGAGAUUCCUAUUUAUUAGGUCAAAUUAGAUUAAUGGGACUCUAGACCGACAGUCUACUGUAACUGCAACUUCUCUGCAGCCGAGAAUAAUCUACUGCUUCCUGUCAUCCGUCAUUUCAGACUGAGGAGACUGCUGUGUUCUUCCCUGGUACGACUGAUUGGAGGUUUGGAUAAUUCCAUGACUUUCCAUAUUUCUAAUUUUGGAAACUUUCAAAAACAUUCCAGUUCAUGUGAGACUUUUUCAUGAUAAGUCAAGAUGUUUCAAAACAUUUUUUGGAUAAGUCAACCUAUGCCCCCAAAACCAAUGAUCCUACUAUAGUCAUGACACCUGAUAUUGGGAAACCUACUUCUUCUGAAGCAGUACACAUAUUAUUUGGAUAUUUAUAUAUUAUUAUACAAUAUUUAUAUAUUAAUGGAGUACCAAAUGUUGAAAAUGUCCUGGGAGAUCAGUCCUAAUCCAUCCUUGUUACUAACUGCAGGUCUGACUUGUAAAAAACAUUUGCCAAACCCGAGUUCAGGAGUUUUUUAAAGUGCAAAUUAAUUAAUGAAGUUAUUGCGCGAAGUCUUGCGAGACUUCUCGAAGCAAUAACUUCGGCUCAUGAGAACCAAUACAUUCUAAUACUGUACGGAGCUCCUGCUUCAUCCGAAGUCGAUUCGCUCAUCCCUAGCCGCUGUCUCAAACAGCAACCUAAAUCUGAUAAUUCCAACUCAAGGUAUGGCACUACCAUAACCCCUCCUGCAGUCUUGGGGGUAUGUUUGACUGAGAUCUUUCCUUUACCGCCAAUAUUUAAUGCUUUGUUCUCUCAUAAAAACCCUCCCUUCUCCAAUCUAUCCUGAAUGCCGCAGCUAGUCUCAUCUUUCCACCUGCAACACUGAUGCCUACAUCCUGUGCCAGUCACUACUCGGAUGCCUCCACUCUGUGCCAUUCUCUACACCGAUGCCUCCACCCUGUACCAGUCACUGCAGAGAUGCCUCCACCCUGUGCUAGUUUUUUACAUUGAUGCCUCUUCCAUUUACUAGUCACUACUCCGAUGUCUCCACCCUGUACCAUUCACUUUUGCCUCCACCCUGUACCAGUCACUACACCAUUGCCUCUACCCUGUAGCAGUCACUGUACUUGUUACCCAUCCAUUAUACAAUAAAGCUCUCCACAGUGCUUCACCGUCCUACAUCUCCUACCUCAUUGUUAUCUGCCAAUGAUCUAAGACCAACAUUCUCCAUGACCAAACCUCCUGCUCCUAUCUCCAAGCCUUCUCUUGAGCUGCACCAAUUCUCUAGAAUGUACUACCCUGGACAAUCAGAUUAAUUGCCAACAUCCAUAGUUUCAAGCCUGCCCUAAACACAUAUUUUUUUAGAUGGGGCUAUCACUCUCUUUUCUGUUUUGCCCUUUCAACCUUAUUCCUCUAAACCUAAUUCUUUCAGCAGUGUCCCUCAAACUUCUCGCACACUGAUGCACUUUAUAACUGGGCAUACACAGAUAAGGGUCGUUGAGCGGCUCAUGCAGCUUUAUGUAUACUGACCUAUUCUAUAUAAGAGAUGGCUGGACCAUUGUACCUUAUAAGCUCUUUAAACAUUUGUGUCACCCCUACUGCCUUAUAAAUUGAAAGCUCUUGGCCCUGAAUCCUAAUUUUUUAAUUUUUCAUUAGUGUAACGGGGAGCCGGCGACGCGCUUCUUCCUUGUGGCGCUGCCGGCAUCCCGCAUCUGUGCAGGAGUGAGGACGCGGCCUGCGUCCUCCUCUUCAUGGGGACCAGGGGGCGGGGAGGCUGAGGGGGCCUCCUCAGCAAGGCUGGCAUUCUCCUGGCUGAAAGAAGUGCUGAGCGCCGAUCACUAUUGGCUUGUCUGACUCUGUUACGGUACUUUCGUUAUCUUCUUAGGCCCCUGCACAUAUCUAAGCGAGGGACUGCCGCCAAGUUGUACGCUGUCGGUUAGGACGGGCCGUGCAAGUAGGCAGGGACAGAGGUGGGGGGGAGUUUAGGGCUGCACUUAUCCCUACCCUCUGUCGUGACAAUUAGUUUGUUACUUUGUGAUGUCUGAUUUUGUCUGUUUCUCUCUGACGGUAAAAGGCUGAAGCAUAGGUUGACACUAAAUAUAUAAAAUUGUUACAACAGCAACAGGGCAGUUUUA